UUAUUUUGAAAGGGUGUUUGGUGUUUGGUGGUCGCCGCGCUUCAGUGCCGCGGGUCAGACGCACAGUCGCGAAUCACCCAAAGCGCGUGAAGACGCUGCUAUAUCUGCGGACAUCUGCGUCCUCAGAGCCCGCUUGACUCUGGAGUAUCCAAGCGGGAUUGUUAGUCUGUGUAAGAGACACACACACAUACAGAGAGAGAGGGGGAGAGCAGUAAAGGAUUAGGAGGAGGCCACUCCUUUGAUAAACUGUGCAAACGCAAAAAAGCUCGCUCCAUACAGCUGCUGCUGGCUUAUAUUUACAUUCAGCAGAUGUGUUUGGAUUGCUAAAUCACUAGAGCUGUGUGCUUGGAUCCUCUGGACAGUCCGCGUUCAUGAUUAUUCCCGAGUCGGAUCUUCAAAGAGGAAACAAUGUAACCUGGUAACACACGAACGCAGGCUAGAGUUGAGAAGAUCCUAGAGCAGCACUAAGCCGUGCCGAAGUGACGUGAAAGCGCAGGGCUGCCCCACACACACAUCGCAGCCAUGCUGGAGGAGGACAUGGAGGUGGCCAUCAAGGUGGUGGUGGUGGGGAACGGAGCGGUCGGGAAGUCCAGUAUGAUCCAGCGAUACUGCAAGGGCAUCUUCACGAAGGACUACAAAAAGACCAUCGGGGUUGACUUUCUGGAAAGACAGAUCAUAGUUAAUGGCGAGGACGUCAGGCUGAUGUUGUGGGACACGGCGGGACAGGAGGAGUUUGAUGCCAUCACCAAGGCCUAUUACAGAGGCGCUCAGGCCUGUGUGCUGGUCUUCUCCACCACCGACAGAGAAUCCUUUGAGGCAAUCAGCAGCUGGAGGGAGAAAGUGGAGAUGGAGGUCGGGGACAUACCCACCGUCCUGGUGCAGAACAAAAUCGAUCUGCUGGAUGACACGGUUAUCAAAAAUGAAGAGGCUGAAGGUCUCGCUAAGAAGCUGAAGUUAAGAUUCUAUCGGACGUCAGUGAAAGAAGAUCUCAAUGUCAAUGAAGUUUUUAAGUAUCUAGCUGACAAAUAUCUGCAAAGACUCAAGCAGCAGUCAGCAGAGGAGACAGAGGUUGUUCACACAUCCAGCAAUAAAAUAGGCGUUUUCAACACUAGCGGCGGCAGUCAUCCCAACCAGACCGCCGGCGAUCUGAACGGCCGUGAGGUCAUAAACCUGCGCCCAAACAAGCAGAGGACCAAGAAAACAAAAAACCCCUUCGGUAGCUGCAGACUGCUCUGACUCACGGUAUGCCUGGCAGGGAAUCAGAGGCUUCAUUAGCGCUAAUUAGAGUUGAAGAAAAGAAGGUGUGUAUUCCAGAGCAGAUCUGUCAAAAUCAAUAUGUCCAUUAGCGGCAUUACACAGAAUCAGUAAAUUGGAGGUCUGCUGAGCUAUUUUUGUACAAGUAUUGAUGAGUAGGCCUAAAUCUUUUGGACACUGCCCUUCCUCACAUUUGAACAAUUUGAAUGAAAAGUGAAUAUAUUUUCUCUGUCAAAUAUUUGGUGAGUUAUUCCAUGUGGUACACAGCAGGGUAAUUUUCUCUAAUGAGAGUACUUACAGCAGAAAAUCAAUUACGAUUUCUAACACACCAUUUGUGCAUUUGGACUGUUCAUCGUUAGUGCAGUAUGUUUGUAUCGAUGGAGGUGCAUCAUUUGCUAUCACAAUCUUCCCUUAAAAUGAUUAUUCAUUUGUUGUUUCUUAUAUGAACGUCGUCACAAGUUUCAAUCCGUAUGUUCUUAUAGGUAUUUUUGUAUGAAAAAUGUAGUAAAGUAAUGACUGACUUAAACUCAAAACAUUUAACACCGUGCCAAACUGUUUCUAAACUCUACAUACUUGUAAGAAGUGUAAAUAGUGGUUCGUAAAUGGAUGAGCGAGUCAGAUUUUUAGUCAUUUUUAUCAUUGAUAUGCAUCAGCAUCCUCUUCUGAAACUGUCAUAUUCUAACACUAUACCAAAUGCAAGAGAUGGGAUUAUAUAGAAAGGUUUUCUAUUGGGAUAAAGAAAAGUCCUUUUUUUUUUUUUUUUGGUUGCUGACAACUGGCAACACCGCCAGAUAUUACCGUGUAAAACAGCACUCUUACUGCUAGGGCUUGGGCGAUAUUGCUACUAGAAGUUACUUGAUAUAAUUAAGCCUUUAUGAAGAUUACAUUGAAAUGACAAUUGAAAUUGUGCAUCAAAAUGUUAAAAUUAAAAUGUAGUAAAAAAUCAAGUCAUGUUUUCACACUGUUCACUAAAUGAACAGCAAGAAUUAUAAGUAAUAAUUUUAAUUCAUACACACCGGCAAUAAACAUUAACACUUGUUAACGUAUUCCCCCUCUAUUUCUACUAAACAUUUUAACUGUUUAAUGUGCAUGAGCUAUCAAUGUACUUAUUGCUAUUUUUAAAAUAAAUAAUUAAAACCAAUUUUUUUGUGUAUCUUACCAGCUCUAAUACUGUUAUAGCAACUAAAGUUUAAAUCUGAUGCUAAUAAAACAUCUUUCAUCAUAACACGCUCGUACGCUGAUGAUAGAUUGUGAGCAUAUCUAAUUAGCUGUUCUGUAGGUCAGUUGAGGCAAAAGUAAAACUAAACUGAAGUCAUCAUAAAUGUACAGUGAAUGUUCAGUAUAUCGCCCAGCCCUUCUCACAGCUACACAUUUACAUGUGCAACAGUUAUUAUGGUGCGUACAUAUUUUUGCAUUCAUGAGAAACACUCAGCUUGAAGUUCUGUUAGAUGUGAAAUACUGGAAUCGAUUGGAAAGUAAAUACACAUUUAAAAUCCACUGACUCAUGAAUUUACAAUCAAUAUAUAAAACCCGCUUCAAAGUUUUCCAAGUAUAAGAUUACAAGAUCACCCAUCUCCUGUUUAAUCUUGGACUAAAUUGCACUGAUAUUAUUAACAUGACCUUCAGCACAGUAUUGAGCUUUAUAUAUGUACAGGAAUCCACCAAGGAACAUUUCAGAACUGUGUGUGAAACUAAAAUGUACGGUUCUCCCAGAGUCCCAGAGCCUUAACCACUAAAGCCAUUAGAAACACAACUGAUCAUGUUGGAUGUUGCUGAAAAUUGAUGUACUACAUGUUAUACUCCAUUGGGGUCUAUAAACCCAACAUUCCCUCUCUGAGUUUUAUAUUUUAAUCAAUCAGAGGAUGUUACAGAAUUGUUCAAACUUCUCUGCAGUUUUGAUCUGAUGUCUGAUGAGUUUGAGCAGGUAAUAAUAACCUGUCCACUUGUUUAAAUGUGGCUUAUCUCUUGAUUGAUUGUAUUUAUUCAUGAAUCGCAUGCCUCGCAUUUAUGUUUGAAUGUGGAAUCAUGGUACUUCGCCUCAACGGCCUUCAUGUUUACAGCGCUCUUCGGUUUAUGUUAACUGGCUCGAUGUGAUGAAUGUUGGUUUUCUCAUUUGCUGCAGUGAAAUGAUGGCGACACUACAAUGAACUAAAGGCACUUUAUUUAUCUGAUAUAAUUCCUGAUCAUGUUAUUGCUUGGUUAUCUUAAAUAUACAGUGAAUCUACAGUUUCUAAUACAAUACAGUACUGCUUAAUUUCUUUUUUUUUAUGACUUUCUAGUAGAUGUUGAGAAUAUGCCAGCAGCACCUGUUACUACCUACAUAUUUUUUAGUCGGCGGAAGUGUCACUUGAAGUAAUUUGUUUGUUUUUGACUGUAUGAUUAAUGAUUGGGUGGUUGUCAGAAAAGGACAAAAUAAAGUUGUCUUUGUUUUAUUUUCAUGGUUCUUUUUCUGUCAUACUGUGACAACCUUAUACAUGCAUGAUUACAAAACAAUGUUGUGAAUACUUAAAAAAAAAAAUCCAUAAAUGACAAUCCACAGUGCCAAAGAAAACCUAGACUGGGAAUUUGAUAUUUGAUAAAUAUAUGUAUUUCAAUAUUGGCAUCUUUUGUCAUAAAGCUUUUAUGACCGUUUUACAAAAGCAGUAAUCUGCCUUGUGCUGUGCCCAACAACAGCCCUUCAUUGUCAUUGUCAAUUGGCUUAUACAGUUAUAAACUUCACAUUGUCUUGAAAUGGAGAAUCUAUAGACUGGAAAACCUAUCAAUUUAUACUGAACAUAUUAUUUUUGCACUUUG